CCAUAAUCUCUAGUAAAAAGUAUAUAAACUAAAAAAAAAAAGAGCACAAAAUAUCAUUAUGGAAGGAGUAUCAGCUGAAUUGGAAAAACGCAUAUCCGAAGCUUUUUGUAUCUUUGAUCAUGUCGGCGAUAAAACUAUAGAUGUUCGUGAGGUAGGGACUGUGUUGCGGUUUCUAGGCUGUGCCCCUACUGAGAAAGAAGUUAAUGAUGUAAUUACCCAGACCGAAAUGGAAGAUUCGGGAGGUGAAGUGCAUUUAACAAAAUUUCUUCCUUAUAUCAUGCAUCUUCUGAUAGAUCGUCGAAUGGAACCAGCUGGACCGGAGGAACUGCUGGCGGCAUUUCAUGUUAUAGAUGAAGAAAAUCGCGGUUACUUAGAUCCCGAGUAUUUUAGUAAGUUAAUGAUGGAAGAAGGUGAGCCAUUUACUCAGGAGGAAGUCGAUGAAAUGCUAGCUAUCGCCAUUGAUCCGUUAAGCGGCCAAAUAAAUUAUGAAUAUUACUUGAAUCAACUAAUGGUAAUUUUCGAAAAGUUUUCCUCACUCCUCAUUUUAUAUAUAACGUUUAUGUAUGCGCUUUAUUAUAACUUUGCACUUUUUCAUAAUUUAAAAAAAAAAAAAAAAUUCAAAACUAAAAGCACAACCGAAAAGACUCGGUUUAUGAAAUGGCAGCACAAGCAAAUAUCGAAAAAGCUAGACAAGCUCACAAGCAAACCAGACAAUCUAGACUGGAAGUUGCAUAACUAAUUAUUUAU